AUGGCGGAGAAGAAGCCUCUCAGUCUGAAUGAGAGGAAUAAUCGCCUUCUGCAGGGGCUGUCUCAGAGCCGAAGUAGCAAACCUCCUCGUCCGGGUAGAAACUCGCGUAUUCCUUGCCGCCCUCACUUCCUCCCGUUUUCUUUCCGACACACUGACACUGUUAUUUGAUCUGCUUAGAGGAAAAAUCUCGUAAGGUCAAAUUGGAGGGACGGCGACGACUGUGCAAAGUAUCGACCGAGACGCAGGACGAGGUUGCUGAGGACUGCUGGUUCGAUUCUCCGCCAAGAGAGGAGAAGAAAGAGGAGGGCGAAGAGCAGAUACGUGACAUCCUGGAUGACCUCACGUUUAGACUGGAAUGCCUGUCCGUCGGGAAGACGAGGACCGUUAGUCAUGAACCUCGCCGCGAGGCAGAACGGGAACCUGAACCCGAACCCGAGGAGUUUGGAAGCGCCAACUCCUCGUUGUCACCUGCUUUUCUCUUGUGUGACUCCGACGCAGAGGGAGACACGGGUAGAGAGGACGAUCAGGGCAGAAAAGCAGAGGUGCCCUCCGGUGUAGGUAAUUAUUGGGACCCCGAGCGUUCUUUUGAUGAGGAUGAAUGCUCGAUCUUGGGGAUAAGCCGAAAAUCGCCCACAAGUGCCGGGGGGAACGUUAACGUGAACGGAGAAGCUGUUGGCACAGGGAACAUCGAGAGUUUAUGCAAAAGCGGGGAUGAAGAUGCCAGUGUGGCGGAGGUUCUCGAUGGUGGGUAUGCUGAAAGUUCUGGUCGAGAUGCAUGUGGGGAUUCGAUCACUUUACAUGGAAGCGGUAGCAACAAGUCAUUGACUUAUACUCUUCCCGAUAAGAUUGCCAAAAUUCUUUAUCCGCACCAGCUCGAUGGGAUAAGGUGGUUGUGGUCUCUUCACUGUGGAGGCACCGGAGGCAUUCUAGGUGAUGACAUGGGCCUGGGGAAAACUAUGCAGGUAAAAAAACGCAAGUUCAUCAUCAACGUCUUUGUCCAUUCAUACUUUUUGGAAAUUAUGCAUUUUUCUAAUCAGCACAUUAAUCAUAUAUUAUGCGGGCAAUAUUUUAUUUUAGUGUCUCUUUCUGUUACUGGGAUGUAAUGUCCUAUUUACCAAAUGCACACCGACAUUACUGGAGCAAUUAAUCCGAUUUUUAUUUUUUGUCACAAUUCCGAUGGAUCUCCUUAACAAACUGGGCUAACAUGUAGUCGGAGUUUUUUCUUCCCCCUGAAUUAAAGGGCUUUUGUAUAAAUUUAUGUUCGAGGAAGCCGUGUCAACAUAGUCAGUGGUUCAUUCUGAGGCCUUUGUGUGCGAGAACUGGAAAAAGUUGUUUCAUCAUCGAUUUAACAUUGAUGGUGUCGAAAUGUUGAUAUGUGAUACAAUAAGAUGGUAUUGCAGGCAAAGUUUGGUGACUCGCCUAAGCGAGCUUAGUGGCAUUAUCUCACUCAUUUGACACAUAGUGCAUUAGGUUUGAUGGAACAUAGGCUUUGUUAAUCACUAAUUUAUUCUUGUGAAUAUAAGUAAUCAAGCGAUCAGCAAGGGAUGCUCUAUCAUGUCUGGAAUUAAAUGCGUGCAUGGUAUGACGAGUGGAUGAAAGAAUAUAUAGCACUCUAUCAUGAGAGCCUAUUAUAAACUCUUACUCUUAGAAAACCUGUUUUUAAACAGUUUCUUAUGGGUUUUUUCAAAUAAGAUAGUUUGACAGUAAUUUGAGGAAAGCGAUUCUUUACUGAAUACAUUUAUUGUUGUUUAGUGAAUUAUGUCGUACUAUAUCUGCUUGUUAGUAGAUGUUUCACUGUGACAAAUAGCCAAGCUCUAGUUCCAAGCAGAACGUGAAGGCAUAAUGUAAUAGCCCAUAAGACUUUUCUUCAACUAUCCAUCAAGAGAGGGAGAGAGACGGAAGGAGAGGGGGAGGCAGAACUUUAUGCCAAUGAAGUACCAAUGGUCACUUUUUUAUGGUGGAUAAAUGCAAUUCUCUUUUUUUAGCUUAGACAAAAAAAACCAGGUUGCCAAGAGUGGGGGACUGGUUUUAGAUGGUAUGGUCAGGGUAGGAUGGAUUUUGGAAGAGCGGUAAAAUAUAAGGUUUUUAGGGCUACAUGCCACCAUGGAUGUAAGGACAGGUGUUUGCUUGGGUCCUGUUCACCCAGCUAUUUACAUUUUCAGGUUCAUACUCGUGGGCAAUUUACAUAGCCCGAAGAGGGAGCAAAGGUGUGGCUAAUCACUGGAACUCCAUUUACAGUGGCUUUUUUUUCUCAAUAAUGGGCCAAACGAAGAAGGUCAUUUGGGGAGCAUCUACAACAUAUGGCGUGCUAGAGGAUGACCUUGCAUCUCCUCUCAAGAAUAGGUGGUAAAUGCAGCUGAUCCUUCUGCGAGGGGACGUCCCCUUCCUCUCUCAGCCACUGCAGUGGUUGAGGAGAUAACUGAUUCCUGUAAAUUCAUUAGGGUACCCUUUAAGGGCUUUAAAAGAAAGGGAGAGCUGUUUAAAAGUCACUGGGAAGAGGAAGUUAGAGGCUCUUUGGAACAUUAUGGCUGUAAGGGUAUUUAUGGGAUGGGGCCUUAUGGUCAAGAAUUUCAUUGGUUUUUUUUAUCUUGUCGUCUUUGCUAUUUACAGUAGUUACUAGCGUUUAUAAGUUUCUGCGCUUGUCUGCAAUGCAAAGAAUGAUUGAGUUUUGGCUUUUAGCUCGUUGUAUUGCAUUUACUGUAGACAGAUUGCCUGUAUAUUGAUUAGUGGAUCUUCUUCUCAGAUGUCUUCCUUCAUUGCUGGACUCUUCCAUUCACAUUUGAUCAAGAGGGUAUUGAUAGUGGCACCUAAAACUCUUCUUUCCCAUUGGGCCAGAGAGCUAUCUGUCGUGGGACUAGCAGAUAAGACCAAAGAGUUAGGGUUCCUCACUUUACUUUUCUGUUUGUAGUAUGACGUUUUCCUCCUCAUAUUUUUAAAAUUAUUAUUUUCUGAGGUAUUGGUUAUAAUUGCUUUCUUUUCUAUACGCAGUUACUUCGGAACCUGUGUGAAAGCACGUGACUAUGAACUCCACCAUGUUCUUAAGGUUUGGUUGUUCAUUUAGGAUUUUAUCACACUGCUUUCUUUAGACUUUUAAUUCCUUCUCGAAUGCUUUUUUUUCGUGGGAGGAUAUUGGGCCGCCAAAUUGACGAGUUCUUCUGGCCGGAGAAUAUUGUCAAACAACAUUAAUGAAGAUUUAGCGUUCAAAGAAAGUCUUAUUCUUAGUUAUAGCUUUGAAUGGGCCAUUAUUUAUGCUCAAAAAGCUAAAUGAAGCUGUAUUCAUGCUAUAAAUAGUUAACUACAUAUAGCAUAGGUUUCUAGUUGUUACUAAUGGCUGUUUCAGAGCUGACAUUACAUUGCAUGACUUUGUAAUGUUUACUUUUAGGAAGGAGGCGUUCUUCUCACGACAUAUGACAUUGUACGGAUCAAUUCAAAAUCUAUUAGAGGUGAUUUUUAUUUUCGUGGACACAGAGAUAAUGAUUGUGAUGACGUUAUCUGGGAUUAUGUUAUACUUGAUGAGGUUAGUUUAUAUCUAUUUUCUCUCAUAUUAUUUAUCAAUGAACAAUGUUUCUUUUUUACAUUCUUGUUUCGUCUAAUGGUGCACAAUACCAUGUUUGAAUGUCUCUACUUGUGUUGAGCUAUACAAAAUGACAAUAAGAUUACCCGUUGAAAGAGGAUUUCCUUAUGAAACUUAUUUACAAACUAUUUCGUUUAUGUUCAAAGAAUAAUUUUUCUCUGUAUUAAGUGAAUUAGAAUAUGUAUUUCUGGUUUUGGUUAACACAUGGCACUGCAGUACAUGAAGAAGAUAGCAGAAAGAAAGUCAAAAAGUUGACUGAUGUGGUGUUUGUGUUUGACACAUCUAAGGGACACAGGAGAUAUGCAACAAAAUUGGCUGCAGCAGGGUCCGUGGGUGGUCAAAAAGGUAUAGUUUGGGAGGCUAGGUAUGCAGUAAGAUCUAGUGAGUAGAGUUUUGUCAACACAGUUAGAGAAGAGAUACAAUGGUUAUCUUCCAUCCAACAUUUACCUAUUUUAUUGUCUUAGGGGAUCAAGAAAUCCUGGUCAUAGGAUUAUCUCAAUUUAUGAUCAAUGUUCCUAAUAGAGAGAAUGGAGAAAACUGGAGAGCUUGCCGCCCCUAUGGUAUUGCCAUGCAUUUGUGUGUAUAUCUUAGUACAAGUACCUGAAGAAUGGACAAAGAAUAAAAGAGAAAGUUGGGAGAGACAGCAUAAAGCGUACUGCUAGUAGUAUACUAAACAAAAGAACUAUGAGGAAUGGACGGAGUGUGAGAGAGGUACUGUUGGUAGAUGAACUGAUAAGCAAUAUCUAUAUUUUUGGCCACCUGGUCAUGGUAAAUAAUAUUUCUAGUGAUUUAAUGAUUGCCCAGAUUGUCACGCUGUAGAAGUGUAGGACUUCUAUAUUUCAUGGCUAGAACCUGAAGAAGAUGACAAAGAUAGAUUGUCUCAGCAGGUUUAUUGGCCGUCGCACAAUAUGUGGCCUCUUAGUGUAUUGAGAUAAAAUUUAUUUCCUAACAGAUGAGGAAAGAGCUGAGAAAGAUGUGGAAGAUGCACUGAGCUCCAAUGUACGGGGACAGUGUAAUGAAAGAGUGGGGAAGGGUAUAAUGCAGAUGCCAAAGGACACGUGUGAGAGUAAAAAAAGGAACGUGGGAAUACUAUCAAACAAACGAAGUUGAGUAUGGGAGAUUGUAUGCGCUCGCGUACCCCAAAAAUAACAGAUACAUUCUAUCCUAUACCGAGUCAAUUAGAAUAACAGUGUUUCUUAUGUCCCUUUACUCUGUCAUACUAAUACAUUUGCGCCUUGUUAUAUCCGUCUGUAUAUAGAUGGUGAUUAUUUUAGAGUUAAGAGAUUGUUAGUUUUAUCUCUUCCACUCAUUGACAAUGUUAGGGAUGCAUUGAUUCUGUGUUCUGGAAAACGAACAAUUGAGGCUUUUAUUUAACCUCGUUUUAUGUUUUCUUGCUGUUGGUUUUCUUCAGGGGCAUUUGUUAAAAAACCCUAGCACUCAAAGAGCCAAAAGUUUGUUGGAGAUACCAAGUUCUCACCGUAUCAUUAUCAGUGGCACUCCUAUUCAAAAUAAUCUCAAGGUGAUGUUAUUAUUUUUACUUUUUGUGAUGUAUAAUUUAACGCUCUUGGUUGCUUUAUUCUUACUCCAAUCAUGAUUUUUAAUUAUUCACUUCAAAUAGGAACUAUGGGCUUUAUUCAACUUUUGUUGUCCAGAGGUUUUGGGUGACAAGCAAAUGUAAUAAACAUUCCUCCAAGGCGGUUAUCUUUUGUGGCUUUUGUAAUCUUCGAACCAUUGAUCUUGUUUUCUUUCUUAGAUUCAAGGAAAUGUAUGAACAUAAGAUUCUUCGUGGCAAUGAAAAAAGUGCUUCUGAUCGAGAAAAGCAUGUUGGCUCUACUGCCGCAAAGGUUUUCUUCUUAACCUUUUCCGUCAUGAUCCUACGAUCUUUCUUGGUGGGAUGCAAAAAUUAAUUUUGACUGAGAAAAGUUCAUUGGUUCUAAUACUGUCAUUCUUUUCUACAGAAUCUCAGAGAACGUAUAAAGCCAUUUUUUUUACGUCGUCUAAAAAGUGAGGUAUUUCUUGAAAAGGAUUCACUUAAAAGUGCAAGACUUUCUGAAAAGAAUGAAAUUAUUGUCUGGCUAAAAUUAAGUCAGAUUCAGGUGCUUGACUUCAUCUUUUUAGUCUGUCAUACACAUUCUCUAUCCCAAGGGUUAAUCAUUACAAACUUAUUCAUUUUGUUUUUUCUUGUUGCAGCGGCAAUUAUAUGAAGCUUUUUUGGGGAGUGAGCUUGUGAAUUUCUCAAAAGUCACUGGUUCGCCAUUGGCCGCACUGACGGUAGCUAUAGUUUUUCUCGUCUUUGUUUGGUUAUCAUAGUAUCCGUCUGUAUAUUUGACGCUCCCUUUUUUCAUGAUAUUCUUGUCUACUGACCUUUUUUUCUCUUUGGGUAUCUGCUGAUUGAAGAAAAGUAUAUCAUUUUUUGCAAAUUUGUAAUUCCGUCUUGCCAUAGAACUAAACCUAGUGCUCUUAUUCUGUUAUUUGAGAUCGAAUCGGGUGUAUCUGACCUUUUUCAAUUCUGAUGGAUUUCUCUUUCAGUCCAGCAAUGUAUCGUACGAGAUUUUGACACUUUGAAAAUGAAUUAUCCGUUUUACAGUAUUUUGUUGGCAAAUGACUGAAAAAUUUGAUGAACUUACCCAUGUGACAUUAAAGUCACGACUCAAACGGUCCGUGUGAUUUCGUGUCCUAGUCAUAAGUCUUAUUCAUGAUGGUAAGCAACCCAAUCUUAUUUUCGUAUGAGAUUUUGUCCUGGGGAGAAUAUAUCUAAUUUUCCUUUAUUCGUGUGGUAUCAUAUGGUAUCAGACACUUUGGCACCAUCCUCUGACACAAAUUCCUUUGCAUACAAAAAUCUGUUAAAUGAGGUGGAUUGGACCAAUGACCUGUCAAAUCAGGGAAAUUUUAUCGUUUCUAUUUGGCUACCUAUUGAGCAAGUUGGCUUUAUUUGACAAACUUUGUCUCAGCUGUUGCGCAGGCUGAGCAACUGAGAGUGAAUAGGCUAAUAUGAAUAAAUGUUUCGACAUAAAUGUAACUAAGAAGUGGCAUCUGACGGACUUGUCCAUAUCACCUACGUCGCUCAGUGUCAGGUUUGGUAAUUAGAUUUGUUAACGUAAAAAUUUCUGAAAUUAGACUACAUGAAGGAAAUGGAAGCAGAACCAAACGCUGAGAAAAAUCUCCACUUGAACUCUGCGGCUUCUUCUUCUUCAUCAUCAUCAUUACUUCUUGUUUUUCCAGUGCGGUUGCCUGUAUCUUGCAGAUUGGAUCGAGCAUUCAUUGCCUGCUUUUCAGUAUCAAUGUUUAUGUUCAUUUAGAAAUCUCAUUCCUGAUUUUGUCCUGUGGUCUUCUUGAAAGUAGGGGCUCCAUUGAUUCAUGUUUUAAGUUUCCAAACAGGUACUCAAGAAAAUAUGCGACCACCCAUUCAUUUUGACAAAAAGAGCUGCAGAAGAUGUAUUAGAAGGAAUUGACGCGAUGCUAAACAGGGAUGAGCUCAAUACUGUGGAGGAAAUGGUGUCGAGUAUAGCAAAUAUGACAGAACCCAGAAAUGUAAAACAAGUAGACAAGAGUGUGUCCUGCAAGAUCUCCUUCCUGUUGUCCCUGCUGGUUAGGACAUUAUAUUUCCUGAAUUUUAUAUUUAUUAUUAAAUCCUUUGGCAUUUAUUCUAAUGUGUUUCAGGUGCUUAUGUGACAGGAAAAUCUAACUACGGAGGGCCAUUAUGUGCUCAUAUUCUCUCAGACACGCAAAAUGCUAAAUAUUAUUCAGGUUCUCUUUAGAUCUUUAAAAUUAUUUAUUUUCUGGAAAUUUGACGCCCUUCUAUUAAAUAUUAGAUAUCUUAUUCAAUAUUUGAUGGCGUUGGUAAAUUGUAUUAUUGAACGUAAUAUUUAGACCCAAAGUACUGCUUCUUCACCUCCAAGAAAACGGAAAAAAAAAGAGCAAAUGAAAUAGAUUCAGCUCCCUCAGGACAAUUAUAUGCAGCAUGAUUUAUUCAAAGCUUUACAAGUUUUUUGGUCGAGAUAUUUCUUUGUGCUAUUCAAUUCUGACCUUCUGGUUUGUUUUUGGGAUAGAUAGAAAAGUUUUUUUUUUUUUAACUGGCAUUGUCAGGUCUGUCCAUGUAUAAAGGCUUUUCAGUAGACUUUCCGCAAUCUUUUUAGGCACUAUCCUGAUCAUAACCUUAGUAAUUUCUUGUGACAAUUUCCUGGUGUCUUCAGCUGUUCUGUUCAUCACCUGCUUAAUCAGAGUCUUGGAUGAUUUUUGUAAAUAUUCAACAUGGACUAGAAACUUAAAUGCUAGAAAUUGUGUUGCAUCCAAAUCCCUGUGGUAGGAUGAACUAUUUUACCCAUUUAUGAUACAUUGGAUCCUCACCUUCAAGGAUAAAACUAAUAAAUCUAAUCCUAAUUUGGAAGUGUCUUGUUAAAAAAAAUAAAUCUGUUUCUGUUGUAUCAAGCUUCAUCUUUAUAUGGCUCUUGGAUGUCGUACUUUUUGUUUUCAGCACCUUGAAGUAUUUGCCAUUUUAAGUACUUAGUGUGAAUAUGUGAAGGCAUCAGAAGCUUCAUUGAGAAUCAGUCGAUCAUCUGAAGUUCUGAGUGACGUGUUACCCUGUUCUUCAUACGGGGAAAUUCCAUGUUAUCACAGAAUGCCUCGGGCUUUAAAGGAUUCGUUUUCUUGAUCUCACUUCUCAGGAUGCCAUAACAUCAGAAGGUUAUGAGUUCUUGCGGAUUGAUGGGACUACAAAGGCUGCUGACAGAGAAAAAGUAGUCAAGGUAUGUUUCCAUUACGCUUCCUUUUUCUCUACUUGUUUGCUUUAGGAGAUUUAAUCUCGUAUUGCAUCCUGCUUUGCAGGAUUUUCAAGGAGGCAAUGCUCCGAUUUUCCUGUUGACUUCUCAAGUUGGAGGCCUCGGUCUUACCCUUACAAAAGCUGACCGUGUUAUUGUUGUCGAUCCUGCCUGGAAUCCAAGGUCAACGCCUCUAAGUGAAACCCAAAAUGAGAAUUGACGGAAUUAGUGUUAUAAUUUUUUUGUUUUCGUUUCCAUUAUCAUAAAAAAAAAAAUCAAUGUAAAAUAUGGUGAUGUUGGUUUUUCUAAUUCCAUGCUAGUGCUUCAACGGACAUGCCACCCUGGGAAAGAGGGCCAUCUGGGGAAUCCAAAUUUCUUGGAGUUCGGAAGCUAAAUAUUUAUUUAUUUAUUUAUUUAUUUAUUUAUUCAAAAAAACAUUGAUCUCAUCAAGAAACUUUUUUAUCCAAUACGUUGAAAAUACCCAAGCUUUGUACCGUCUCAUGAUCAAUCUAGUGGCCCUAGACAGGCUAAAUCAUGAUUGCUUUCUGUUUCAGCUGGUUCUUCGGAACCACAGAUACUGCCUCAUUUUCAUGAAGAAACUAUGAUCUACCUCUUUUUUUAGAAAAGAUCUCUUCUACUUGCUCAUCUUGAUCUGUUCAUGUAGCAGUGGCCAUUCGGCUCCAGAAGCAUGGUAGAAGAUAUGCAAGGAUUUUAUCGUUCCUGGGUCGCCAUUGUACUGAAAGAAAGAUUUCUUUUAUACCCCUGCACUUGCCUGUUCCAAUUUUUUCUUCUUCCAUACCAGUUUUUCUUAUAGCUUCUGAAGGGUUGGUCUUGUAGACAUGGAGGUUGUUCUUCUGACAUGAGCGUAAUGUGCCUCCUACUUUCAGUAUUUUUCUGAUUUUUUUAAAUUUUUUUGCUUAUGGGUUGCACAGUACGGACAACCAGAGUGUUGACCGCGCAUAUCGCAUUGGUCAAACAAAGGACGUCAUCGUCUAUCGACUCAUGACAUGCGGCACCAUCGAGGAAAAAAUAUAUAAAAAGCAGGUCUGCCUCUUCUCUUGGUGACCAGAAUUUGUCUCUUUGGGCGAAUUAUUUCAGAAACUCCUGAACGUGGUUUGCUAUUUUCGUACCAUUUCUCCGUCUGUGUUGUCAGUCAAACAUACCAAGUCCCAUGGGAUUGGGUUGACUUUUUCUGGGUUUCUUCUCAAUGGAAGAUGAGAUCCUGUUCUCAUCUCUUUUGAAAGAACACCUCCUCAUUCUCCCCCAUUCGCCCUGCAAGAUGGUUAUUAGCAAUUACUUGAGCUGUGUGGUUCUUGUUGGUUCUCUUUCAGGUUUUCAAGGGCGGACUGUUUAAAAUUGCCACGGAACACAAGGAGCAGACCCGCUACUUCAGCCAAAAAGUACGUCCCCUGCUGGUUAUUUUGCCCAUAAUUUUUUCAAUCUUCUUUCUCAGAUUGUUUCCAGCCCACAGGUGUCUGCGAUUCAGUUAACCACCAAUCUUCUUGGGAGCUGCAGGAUCUUCAGGAGCUGUUCAGUCUUCCUAAACAGGGAUUUGAUAUUUCUCUCACCCAACAGCAGUUAUACGAGGAGCACGAUCGCCACCACAAGAUGUAACCUUCCCCUGAGCUACACAUGCACGCACACUCGUGUAUAAACUCCUGUGCUUCACGGAUUUAGUGGUUGCUCUGUUCCAUGUGACUAUGACAGGAGCGAGUCCUUGGCCGAGCACAUACGCUUCCUGGAGAGGCUGGGCAUUGCUGGAGUUAGUCACCACAGUCUGCUGUUCUCAAAGGCCACAAACGCGGUGCUUGUACCCGACGAAGAAGAUGCCGAAAGGUGCCAACGCUUUACUGAAUGCUCUCCGGCUAGUUUUCUUCAGCAUUUCCCAAAGUCUUCUUAUUCCUCGAUUUUUGGAAAAUUCAGUGAAAAGGGAAAUGUACCUGUGGCGACUGCGGCGGGUAGAUCAGCGUCCAGACCUGACAGCGAUGGGUAAUGAUACUAGCUAGCAGGAUGUCUGGAAUUAUAGAUCUAUUGAACUCACUUAUGUGUUUGUCCUCACAGGGUGGGGUACGUGUUCAACCCAAAAGAUGCAAGAACAGUUCCGACCAUGGCUCCCAAGGCUGAUUCGAAGGAGAAGCCGGAGGAAAUUGAAGAGAAGAUCAAGAGAUUGUCCCAUACCUUGACCAACGAGGUGAUGUGAAAGCAGACACCUGCGGAACGCUUAAUAUCAUAGAUAUUGACUCACUUGAGUGAAAUAUUGGUUUCAGGUUGUCGUUUCUAAGCUGCCAGACAAAGGAGACAGGAUAAGGGCGCAGAUAAUUGAUCUCAAGCUGAAGCUGAACAAGCUCAGAGAUUCAUCCCGAUCAGAGUUGAACGAAGUGGAGGUCAUGGAUGUGGAUGAGCUCACCGAUGAAAUGGAAAGGCUUCUAUCCGUUUAA